UUCAGUGAGGGACCACGAGCGAGGGCGCGCGUGCGCGUGAAGAGGAGACGCGCACAGACAGGGGAAGACGCUUAGAAGAGAAGCUCAGAGAACAGAACACCACCGUGGCGCUUUUUUUUUCUCCUUGUUCAACCUAACGAGUAAACUGACAGCGACUACAAGUCUACGCCUCAAAUUCCGACUCAAAAUGUCCGGGAACCUGCUUCUCCUGUUCGGCUUGCUGGUCAGCGGCUGCGAAGGUGUCCUGCAGGUUUCCAUCUCUCUGAAGAAAGUCGAACUGAGUGUGGGGGAGUCCAAGUUCUUCACAUGCACAGUGAUUGGAGAGCCCGUAAGUUUGGAAUGGUAUAACCCACAGGGUGAGCGCAUGCUGCCGUCCCAACGCAUUGCUCUGCACAAUGAGGGUGUGCGGUCCAGACUCACCCUCUACAACGCAAACAUAGAGGAUGCAGGCAUCUACCGCUGUCAGGCCACUGAUGCACAGGGUCAGACUCGGGAGGCCACUGUGGUGCUGGAGAUUUACCAAAAACUAACAUUCAGGAAUGUGCCGUCACCUCAGGAAUUUCGACAAGGAGAUGUAGCCGAGGUGGUGUGUGAUGUGACUAGCUCUCCAGUGCCUGUGGUUGCCUGGUACUACAACAAUAUGGAAAUAACUGAGGACACAGACAAGUUCCAGCUUCUACCCAACAACAAUCUGCAGGUCCAGAGAGUGACAAAAGCAGAUGAGGGGGUAUACCGCUGUGAGGCCAGAGUGGAGGCCAGAGGUGAAAUCGAUUUCAGGGACAUUGUUCUGGUAGUCAAUGUUCCACCAGUGCUGUCUGUGCCUCAGCAGUCUUUCAAUGCAACAGCUGACUAUGGAGAAUCAGUGACGUUUACCUGCAGGGCUUAUGGCUCUCCAGAACCUGAUGUUACCUGGCACAGGAAGGGAGCAGAGCUGCAGGAGUCAGAACAGUAUGCAAUGCGAGCCCGUGGUACUACACUUACUAUCCACAACAUUAAACAGGAUGAUGGUGGCUCAUACACUUGCAAAGCUUCCAACAAGGCUGGGGAGGUGCAGCGGGAGAUUUUUCUCAAAGUAUUUGUCCAGCCACAUAUCACUAAGCUGCGGAACGUGACAGCUGUGGAGGGCAGUGCUGCUAUGAUAUCCUGUAAAGCAGAGGGUGAACCACUGCCUGAAAUUUCCUGGAGAAGAGCCAGUGAUGGACAGAGCUUUUCUGAUGGAAACAAGAGUCCAGACGGCCGUGUAGAAGUGCGUGGGAAGUAUGGUGAGUCCAUGCUGACCAUAGUGGGAGUGAGUCUGUCAGACUGGGGCCGCUUCGACUGUGAGGCUCUUAGCAGAAUUGGAGGACAUCAGAAGAGCAUGUUCCUGGAUAUUGAGUAUGCCCCCAAGUUUCAAACCAAUAACACCAUCUUUUUCUCAUGGGAGGGAAACCCAGUGAACAUCAGCUGUGAGGUUAUGUCCAACCCAGUGGCCACCAUGCUGUGGAGGCGAGACAAGCUGACCAUUCCCACUGAGGGCAUGGCCAACAUGCGAGUCCACAGUGCCCCCGGCAGGUCCCUCCUGGAGGUCACUCCCAUGUCUGACCGCGAUUUUGGUCGAUAUAACUGCACAGCCAGGAACAACAUUGGUAUGCGCUACCAGGAGUUCAUCCUUGCUCAGGCAGACGUUCCUUCAAACCCCUACUCUGUGCACCUUAGCUCAGUGGCCCAACGCACAGCAACAGUGACGUUCAUGAAGCCAGACUCCCAUGGUGGUGUUCCCAUUGGCCAUUACCUGGUCAGAUAUAAAGACAUCAGUUCUAAUGACUGGAGAGAUGUUAAGUCACAUGGUACACAAAUGAUAGUGUUGCUUACCAACCUGGAGCCCAACACGACCUACGAGGUGCGAGUGGCAGCUGUGAAUGGAAAAGGCCAAGGGGAAUUCAGUCGUACUGAGAGCUUUCAAACGCUGCCUAUCAGAGAGCCAAGUCCUCCAUCAGUGCAGGGCCAGAGGGGUGUAGGAAAGGCCUACAGACUGGGCCUAGUCAAACAGGAUGAUGGUGGCAUGCCAAUACUGGAGUACAUCAUCAAAUACAAAACAGAUAAAGAGGAACAGUGGAUGACCAAGCUAGUUCCCGGUAUGCAUGACUUUGUGCUGCUGCAGCCUCUGCAAUGGAACACGCAGUAUGAAGUGGAGAUCACGGCCCGCAACGUUAAAGGCUUGUCCGAGCCCACCUUUGUCAAAUUCUCCAUGCCACAGAAACCAGACAUCACAGACUCACUGUUCAGCAGCCUCGGUCUGGGUGCAGUGGUGGGGUUGGGCUUGGCAGGUCUGCUGCUGCUGCUUGUUUUAGUGGACAUCAGCUGCUUCUUCCUUCGGCAGUGUGGCCUGCUCAUGUGUAUCACCCGCAAGCUCUGUAGCAAGAAGACUGCCACCAGCGGCAAGAGCAAAGAGAUGGAAGAAGGCAAAGCUGCAUACCUGAAGCUGCCACUGAAAGAGGAAAAUGGCAAAGAAUCCCUAAAACCGGAUACGAUUGAGAUCAAAGUUCAUGGUGACAACAGCCUACACACGACACCGGAUGACAGCAAAGCAUAAUGGAGAUGCUGCCGUGCACAACUGAAACAUGCACGAGCUGCCCAGACACCAAAACAGAAAAAAAAAAGUUCAGUAAGCUAAUAAAAAAACAACCAAGAACUAUACACGUCCCUUGUUAGAGACUGAAUGACAGGAACGCUGCAGAGAAACUGUGUAAAUAUAUAUAUAAAAAAAG